AAAUAUCAAAAUAAGUGAUAGUUUAAUUCAGUCUGAUUUGUUGGUUUCCAAUGCUUGUAUAAUGCACUUGUCUAUGCCAAAAGGUGUUAAUACAGGUCCUAAGGAGCAUGAGUCCAUUGAAGAAGAACCACCAGGAGAAAUUAUUGAGAUGGACCCGAAUAAAGCUCAAGACAUAAGGAAACACAUGUUCCUUAAGGAGAUCAAUUCCGAGGCAUCCAUACUGCCCAAUCCGACCAGCACUACACCAGAUAUGAUCCAACAUAAAGAUAUAAUUAGUAAAGCUAAUUUGUGUGUUCAUGGUACAGGAAGCCCAAGUUUGGAACAUAGGAUCCAAAAGAGUAAUGGGGAUAAUAUUUCCAACAAAUGGAGGCAGAAUCCAAGCCAAAGUUAUACAAGAAAGAGUGAACCACAAGAAAGUGAGGCCACGACUGAAUGUACCAGAGUUUCUGAGGCCACUCCAAGAGAAGUCCAAGGUCAUGAGAUCAUUCCUGAGCCACUCCACAAUUGGAAGAUAAAACCAGAACCAUUGAUUUUUCUAGAACCAAAACUCAAAGAUUUUGAGACAGGUUUAGGAACUCAGAAGAAGUGCACGGCCCAAAGACAAAAGACACCAGUUCUGAUAUUAGGUACAUCACUUGAUUUAAAUAAAAGAACUGAUAGUCUUGUUCCAUUAAAACUUUCAAAUUCUAGAUUUAUGCACUUGUCUUUGCCAAAGAGUUUUGAUCCAGGGAUAAGACAAGGUGAUGGACGACCAAGCCAUGGUAAAAGGAUGGAAGAGAACCAGGGACAGCACCUGACUUGUCCACAAAACGUUGAAGGAGACGCAAGAAGCAUCAAAAGCAAACAAGCUGCCAAAGAGCAAAACAUCCUUCAACUAGCUAAAACCAUUUGGGUAAAUCUGAACUUUACUUGUCUUAUUUAUAAAUUUUCAAACCCAGAUAUAAUCCACUUGUUUCCUGCCAAAAGUGUUGAAUUUAUUUCAGGGGCAGAGGCUAAGCAUCACAUUGAUGAGCAACGCAAGGAGAUCACAAAGUGUUUACAUGCCAAAAGAAAUAAAGAAGUUGUCAUCAGCAACCUCUUGAUCCUAGACGUUCCAGAAGAUAAGACACCACCCAGCAGAGUGCCAGACCAAAACAGAGGAGUAGCCUUGUCGUUCCUACUCAAAGAAGAGCCACCAUAUGUGCCAUCAAAGAUCAAACCCAUCGAAUACCAAGGUAAGGUCCUAGAAUCUCAAAAGAGGAUGAAACCUAACUUGCUCUAUCUUGGUGCAGAUUAUCCAGUUUCGAGGUCGAAACUUUUUCAAGGGAGAGGGUAUGAUGCGGUCAUCAAAUCAGUACCUGAACCAGAAGCCAACCAGUUGCACCAAACAGCUAAUCCAAAGACUCACCAGGAUAUGUGUUCAAUCAAAACGGCGUAUCUCACCAACCAGGAAGACAUUGUCCAUGAAACUAAAUUUCCUGCACUCUACGCUCAACAAGGAGUCAAUCCCAAUUGGUAUCAUCAUCAAAGAUACUCGGACAAGGAAGAUAUGAAUUUUACAAACCGGAGGUUCUCCAUCCCGUCCAUCUGCGAGUAUCCGAGUUUAGAAGUUGUUUCAAGCCCAACAAAGAAGCGUUCCGACCCAAACCAAAGCUUGGACUUCAAGAAGGAUCUCUUAGCUUUCCAACAAACCAAGAAUGGGAAGAAAAGUCCACGGAAAUAUGGAGUUAAGAUCAAUUUCUCAAAACCGGACAAACCAGUUCUGCACUUGCCUUAUUUGGAAGCUGGCCGGUUCAAUCAAUUGCAAACCAGACAUUGGCGACCAGGAGAGACAUGUAACCAUUCAGGAGACCAAUCCAAACGUCCAGGAGAGUCAGAGACGUUCUUACAAUGCACCAGCAUCCAUCAGAUUAUUCAGAAUCAAACAAGACCAUACUUGCCAUUUUUGGAGUCAAAAGCCAUCAAUUCUCAACUGCUCUUUUACCAUCAAGAUUGGCACGACUUCUAUACAUUUUCUUCAGUAAAGAAGUUCCCAAGAAGCUCACUUACAGCCUCAAACCGUCCAGAUACAUAA